AUCGGUACUACUGGUGCCGAGCAAAAUACCUACUACUCUCCCUCCCUCAUCUGUGAGUUUGCACAGUGCACCUAGUAGGCUAUGGCUGACAUUAGUAGUAGUAGUAGCGUAGCUGGUUGCUGGUGAUGGUGCUGCUGGGUUCUCACCUCUCACUCACUCACACAAACUAGCUAGCAGCAGCAUACUUGUGUAUUUUUGGCAGAUGAUGUCCUGUCAAGGAAGCUGCGAGCCCAGAUGCUGCUGGACGUGCGCCCUCAUCGUCCCUAUUAAACCCCCCCAGAGAUGCGCGCCCUCAUGCUCCGUCUCCGUCUUCUCCUCCACCUCCGGCCGCUCACGACGCUCCUAGUCCUUGUGCGCGGGGAGCGAAGAAGAAGACAUGAUCGGCUCACUCCACUCUUCGUCGUCCUCGGACACCGACAACAACAACAGCAACGCCGACCUGAGGAACAGCAGCGGCGAGGGCGAGGGUGACGCCGCCUUUCUGGCCGCCGGCGAGCGCGCGCUCGCGGCAGCGCCAUCCACGCGGGAUCUCGUGCUGGCCUGCGCCGACCUGCUGCAGCGCGGGGACCUCGCCGCCGCGCGCCGUGCUGCCGAGAUCCUCCUCUCCGCGGCGUCCCCGCGCGGCGAUGCCACCGACCGCCUCGCCUACCACUUCGCGCGCGCGCUCGUGCUCCGCGUGGACGCCAAGGCCGGGCUGCCGUUCUCCCCGCGGCCGCCUACUGGGACGGCGCCGGCACCGUCCGGGGCGUACCUGGCGUUCAACCAGAUCGCGCCGUUCCUGCGGUUCGCCCACCUGACGGCCAACCAGGCCAUCCUCGAGGCCGUGGAGGGUUCGCGCCGCGUCCACAUCGUCGACCUCGACGCGGCGCACGGCGUGCAGUGGCCGCCACUCCUCCAGGCGAUCGCCGAACGAGCCGACCCUGCGCUGGGCCCACCCGAGGUCCGCAUCACCGGUGCCGGCGCCGACCGCGACACGCUCCUUCGUACAGGCAACCGGCUCCGCGCCUUCGCCCGCUCGAUCCAGCUCCCAUUCCACUUCACCCCGCUCCUCCUCUCCUGCGCCGCCAGCACGCACCACGUCGCCGGCACGAGCACCACCCCGAGCACCGCUGUCACGAGCUUGGAGAUACGUCCCGACGAGACGCUGGCCGUGAACUGCGUGCUGUUCUUGCACAAGCUCGGCGGGCAGGACGAGCUCGCAGCGUUCCUGAAGUGGGUGAAAGCCAUGGCCCCCGCCGUGGUGACCGUCGCCGAGAGGGAGGCGAGUGGCGGAGGUAUCGACCCCAUCGACGAGCUCCCCCGCCGUGUCGGUGUGGCCAUGGAUCACUACUCGGCGGUGUUCGAGGCGCUGGAGGCGACAGUGCCGCCGGGGAGCCGGGAGAGGCUGGCGGUGGAGCAAGAGGUUCUCGGCAGGGAGAUCGAGGCCGCGGUGGGGAGCACAGGCGGGAGGUGGUGGCGCGGGCUCGAGCGGUGGGCUACCGCCGCACGCGGCACUGGGUUCGCCGCGCGACCGCUCAGCGCGUUUGCCGUUUCGCAGGCGCGGCUACUGCUGCGGCUGCACUACCCGUCGGAGGGAUACCUGGUGCAGGAGUCCCGCGGCGCGUGCUUCCUCGGGUGGCAGACGCGGCCGCUGCUGUCUGUGUCGGCGUGGCAGUAGGUACCAUUGGCGAGCGCGCCUUCUACUCUGUGCAUGCAUGCAUACCGGCGACUACGAAGAAUCGACGACGGUGACCUAGGGUUUGCUUGCUCACUGCCUUCUAUAUAGAGCUUAAUUAUAUAUAUGAACAUGAUCUGCACUGGUGCAAUUAAUAAUAUUGUCUGCUUAAUUAGUAAGAUUUCAUGGUGAUUUUGGUUGGAGGAGGAGCUAGUUGGAUUGAGUGUGCCAGGAGGAAGAAACCCUAACCCUAGCUAGCUAUCAGCAUCAUGUUAAUUUGUCAUUGGCUGCCCAGUUCGUUUGUUAAUUACUGUUGAUUUAAGACCUGAAAGCAUAGCAAUGCAUGGGGAUCACAUUGGAUUUA